CAGCCCACAACAGUUGCAAUUUGAAAGCCAACGCGUAAAGAACUCAAUUUUAAAAAGUGAAUUAUACACACCCACCUCAAAACCAUGUCGAAAGUUAAGAACUUAUUAGCCAAAAUGCUGCAGCGUUUUGCCAAAAACAGCUCACAUAACGAUAGCCAACGGUACGAUAGUCUGGAGGAGAUUGCCCAGAAUCAGGCCAACGAGAGGAUGUUGAUGGAAACUCAGACGGGAAUGGAGGAGCACCUGGUCAUCUGCUUGGAGACGGCUGCCGGCAGCUUCUAUUGGCAUUCACAGUAGCAACGGGAGGAGUACCAGCAACAUCACCUGUAACUGCAGCAAUCUAAAGAGAAACUCUGCUGAGAACCAAAAAUAUCAGCUUUAGUAAUGGCCGCCAUGUCAACAACAGCAAUUAUAGUAAAGAAAGAAGCAACAACAGUAGUCAAUUUAUUUGCAACAAGAAAAGCGACAGCAGCAACUCCUCAAAAGAUUCAGUAGCAGCAAAACAAACUGCAAUUAUUAUUGCAAUGUCAACAGGAGCAUCCAGCAACUUAGCCUGCAGCAACACCUCCAAAAGCGAUAAGCACAAGAGCAACAUUAACAACAAUAGCGAACACUAAACUAACCGCAGAAGCAACUUGGCCAAUAAAAUCUACAAUAACUUGUCAAAAAAUGAGAAUACCAGCCACAAAAACAGUAGCAGUCACAUAAACUAUAACAAUCCAUAGCAUCUUAAGAAAUCAAAGCAUCGAUGACAACAAAAGGCAGCCACCACAACAAUCUUAGGAGAACAGCAGCAACAUCAGCCAAAGCAACAACAACAUGGGCCAAAAACCGGUAGUUAGAUGUGACCAAAACGACUGAAUGGAUGAAUGAAUAAUACAAAACAUAUCAUUCGGUGAAUGAAUGGAGCUGCCGAGCGAUCGUGCGAAUUCAGUUGCGUGCCAGCAACAAGUAUCCAUAUCCAACUAGUCUUAAGGAUGCAACUCAGACAUCCACUCCAGUUGGAGACCCUCGAUACGUGUUAAUGAUAAAAAUAAAAUACAUUUGUGAUAUGAACUCAAGCUAGUUAGGUUAGAAUAAAUGUUAUUAGCUUAUAAUAAAUAAA